GACAGAGAAGAGCAGCUGUGGCGAUGUUUCGGUGUGGCUCCCGGCGCCUUGGCUGUCUACGUGCCACCCUCCGGUCCCUGGCUCAGACCGGCCGCCGGAGCGUCUCCUUAUGCAUCGAUCCUUCCUUGGGACUAAAUGAAGAACAGAAGGAGUUUCAGAAAGUGGCCUUUGACUUUGCUGCUCGGGAAAUGGCUCCCAAUAUGGCGGAGUGGGAUCAGAAGGAGCUGUUCCCUGUGGAUAUGAUGCGGAAGGCAGCACAGCUGGGCUUUGGGGGGAUCUACGUAAGAACAGAUGUGGGUGGGUCUGGACUGUCUCGCCUCGAUACUUCUGUCAUCUUUGAAGCCUUGGCCACAGGCUGCACCAGCACCACUGCCUAUAUAAGCAUCCACAACAUGUGUGCCUGGAUUAUUGAUAGCUUUGGCAAUGAGGAACAGAGGCACAAAUUUUGCCCACCGCUCUGUACCAUGGAGAAGUUUGCUUCCUACUGCCUCACUGAACCAGGAAGCGGGAGUGAUGCUGCGUCUCUUCUGACGUCAGCCAAACGACAGGGAGAUCAUUACAUCCUCAAUGGUUCCAAGGCCUUUAUCAGUGGGGGUGGUGAGUCAGACAUCUAUGUGGUCAUGUGCCGGACUGGAGGAUCGGGCCCCAAAGGCAUCUCCUGUGUAGUUGUUGAGAAGGGAACCCCUGGCCUUAGCUUUGGCAAGAAGGAGAAGAAGGUGGGGUGGAACACUCAGCCAACCCGAGCAGUGAUCUUUGAAGACUGUGCUGUCCCUGUGGCCAACAGGAUUGGGAUCGAGGGUCAGGGCUUUGUCAUCGCCAUGAAAGGACUGAACGGUGGCAGGAUCAAUGUUGCAUCCUGCUCUCUUGGGGCUGCUCAUGCUUCAGUUGUCCUUACCCAAGAGCACCUCAAGGUCCGGAAGCAGUUUGGAGCACCUCUAGCCAGAAACCAGUACCUGCAAUUCCAGUUAGCAGACAUGGCCACCAAGCUGGUUGCCUCCCGGCUGAUGAUCCGUACCGCGGCGGUAGCUUUGCAGGAGGAGCGGGAAGAUGCGGUGGCCCUGUGCUCCAUGGCCAAGCUCUUUGCUACAGAUGAAUGCUUUACUAUCUGCAACAAGGCUUUGCAGAUGCAUGGGGGCUAUGGCUACCUGAAGGAUUAUGCUGUUCAGCAGUAUAUGCGGGACUCCAGGGUCCACCAAAUCCUAGAAGGUAGCAACGAAGUAAUGAGGAUGCUGAUCUCUCGAAGCCUGCUUCAGGACUAGCUCCCAAACUGGAGAGUCUAACCUGGGAUUCAUGUGCAGCUGCAAUCAGUGUUGUCCUGUUGCAAAUGGACCUUGGAGUAGGUUGAAGAGCUUUGCUCUUCUGAUAGAGAACCUGAGGUCAGCAGCAAUGCUGGCUCUAAGACAGGAACAGGAUUCUCAGCUGGAUGGGCCCUGAGGAGCCGUACCAGGAGUCCUGCUUUCCUCAUUCUGGAAGGACAAGCAGUCAACACUGUGGCUCAGAUCCACACUAUGCAGUUUGCUGAUUCUUGUCCCAGAGUCUGGGCACUUCAAUGAAGCUUUUCCUGAUUGUGGAAGCAAAGUGUGGGGAAGCAAGGGCAAUGCACAGCCUGUGUCUUUCUGUUCUCUGUUCUGCACUGGCAGUGUCUCAGGACAGUACUCCUGAACUCAGAUCAUGAUGAAGUGAUUAUUUGGGAACCUACUGCUAAGCUAUGAAUUAGGGUACACCUUUACUCCUGCCAUGUAAUAAAUGUCAAGGGCUGAGGUUAUUUGGAACACUUGGAUUUUUUAUAUGGGCUUUUAUUUCCUUUUUUGGGUCUACUUCUCUUUUUAAAUACUUUUAUUAGUACCAUGGUAAAUAAAAUAUACAUCUUUACUGUA